AUGAUUGAGAUAGUAGCGCAGCAUAGUGAUAGUUCGGAAUGUCUCCUCUUCUAUUGGGGGUUGUCAAAGAGUGUGACACAGAACCCAACUUUUGCAAUCAGAGCAUUUCAAGUUAGCGGGAACCUAAAAAUUGGUGGCAUUAGCGGCCAACCGCUCAUGACCGGCAUACAAAUCGAGAAUUGCCGCGGGAAUGUUAGUGUUGACGGAGUCGAAUUCUCACCACAAUGGAAUAGCUCUUCUAUUGUUCUCAACUACCAAACUAGUAACAACGGCCUAGUCGCGAUCAAAAGUCUCGGAAACACCGUCAAUGACACGCGGAAUGUUGUCUUCAGUCAUAUACUUGCUACAUACUGCAGGGUCGGAUUCCUUUUUACAGGGGCCGGAGUGCCCUUGGGGAACAACACAAAUCAGCGCGUUGAGGCAUCCGGAAAUGCAGCCUCUGUCACCGGCAUCCGUAUUGAAGGUCCUACCAAGCGAAUUAUCGUGACUGGCUAUGCGUUCGUGGGAAUACAAGUUUCUACGCUCGUCGGCACCCAGGGCUCUGCAUCUGAAUGUGCGAUCCAUGCGUCCGAUGAUUUUGGCUAUUUGAACGUGGUGAAUAUGACGUCUAUUGGUAGUCAUGAGAAUGCCAUUCUUCUUGGACGGUCUUCUCUAGCACUACUUAGCAAUCUGUUCCUACAGGACUGGGCACAGAGCGGGAAAUCCAUUCCAGCAAUCGAAUCCACAGGUGCUUGGGUUGAGGUUUACAAACCAUAUACCUUUUCCCAAAAGCCAGGAUCAACGGCUCCUCUAAUCAGCGGCAAUGUUCAUUUGAUGUGA